CUCAAUUCAUUUCGUAUUCGCGUCAGUUCAUAUGCACUGACAUAAUGACAAGCAAUUGUUUUUAUUGUCAGAAUGAUAAUAUGAAAUUGUGAAGAUAUCGAAAACGCGUAUCCGCGCGAACGGGACUAUACUUACAAUUAAUUGGUUAUGUGAGUCCGAAAUUAAUUCUGUUUACGCACAAAGUGGCGGAUACAAUGGGACAGGGAACAGAAACAUGUACCGACAGACCUACUGAAGUUAGUGUUAUUAGAUUUGUAUCUAGAAAUCAUACGAUUGAAGAAAUUGCACCAAAAAAGGAAGUAUAUACAUGCAAACAACGGGGUUGUGGAAAAAUAUUCACCAACCAAGACGAAUAUAAAACACAUGAAGCACUCGAAGCUUUAAAAAUUAGAUUUAUCUGUCGUGAACCAGGAUGCGGAGAGGAAUUGUCUGACCCUGGUAGUAUGUGGCGUCAUUAUCAAGAAUGGCAUAACAGCGAAACUAAUGUUUUUGCUUGUCCUUAUACAAAUUGCGGUUCUGUACACACAACUAGUUGUAAUCUCGAAGAACACAUAGAAAGUUGUCAUCGUCAACCUCCUACACUACCAACUGAACCAGAAAUAAUAUGUUUCGAAGGUCCUGAUAAUGCGAUAGAGGAAGAUACUACGCAAAAUAGUGAGGAUGGAAAUUACGAGAAAAAAAGAAAUGAAAAUUUUCCUUUAAAUGUAACGGAUUACAAUAAUAAAGGAGAUAGUUUUAAUAGACACAACAGUACAAUAUCGCAAACAAAAGAUUUUUGUCAUGAUCAGAAUAACAUUACUGCCAGUUCGAAGAACGAAGAAUAUUCUAUGAAUAAUGAAUGUUUAAAUAGAACUAACAAAUUUCCAAAAAAUAAGGAUUUACUGAUAACUAAAGAAAAUUUUUUAAUCAAAUAUGAUACAGCCCCUUCUAAAACUGGGGAAAUAAUACCAGUUGAAAAUUCUCAAGAUAAAAAUAAUGUGGUAUACAUCAACGGAGAUGUAACCAUCACUAAGAAUAUCAAGGGAGAAGUUAAUAAUAUUAAUUUACAAAAUCAGGAACAUAGAAUAGAUCUAGGAAAUUUAGAGAGAGUGUUUAGAAACGGAUUGGAACAGGAAAAUUCGAAAAUAGAAGAUAAUGUCAUCGAAACUAAUAGCAAUUGUUCGGACGACGAAGAAUAUAUGCCAAAGAAACAACGUAUGUCUCGAUAUAAACAAGAAAUAUAUAAAUGCGAUUUUAUUGGUUGUGGAAAAAAGUACAAAUACUUAUCGCAUUACCGUCAUCAUCAAGACAGUCAUAAAUUAAUAACUAAUUCUCCUAGCACAAAUACCAAUAAAUGUAUUCCAAAAAUGAAACAACAAGGAAGGGCUUCCACAAUUAGCUUUUUCCUAUGCAAGAUGCCCGGUUGUGGUGUACAAGUAAAUAGUGUUACUGGCCUAUGGCAGCAUUAUCAGGAUAAUCAUGCCAAUACAAAGUCUCCGGUGAUACAAGCUGCUAAAAAUAAUGAAGUAUUUCGAUGCAAAACUCCUGGAUGUGAAAUAGAAUUUAGUACAACGUUAAUGUUAUAUAAACACUUUAAUGAAGUUCAUUCUAACAGUUCCAUCAACAAUGCUAAUUUAAAUACAAAGACUGGUAAUGGGAAUAGCUUUCAUUUUGCGGAAGUAUUUCAAGAUGAUGCUAAAACCCAACAAGGAAACUUUAAGACUGACUUUAAAGCCAACAAGACUAAUAUUACUUCUAAUGAUUAUAUAGAAGGUAACAAUGAUCGCACAUUGUCACCCACAGUUAAGGAAGAAUCUCGAGAUUGAUUGUAGUUCAAUUAAAAUUUUCGAUUGCGACGUUACAAAUUUACAAAAUUCAUUCAAUUUUACAGAGAGGAUAGUAAUAUUAUUCUCGUCAUUGUGAAAAUAAAAUAUCAUUCGUAUCAUAUGUAGAUCAAUACGAUAUUAAACUCAUCGUUAUUAUAUAAUUGGUCCGAUAAAUUUUAAAUAUAAUACCAAGUAUAUUAUGAUCUCUGUAAAAUAUUUUGAAUGUGAUAACUAAUCAUCAUUAGUAUUUCGAAACGAUUUAAAAAAUAAAAAUUGCUUAAUAAAUUCCACAGCGUGAAGAAAAAUAAGAAGAAAUAAAGCAUUUGUGCAAAUUUAAGUCUUAGGCAGGCAUUUUUCUAAUGUGAAAUAAAUUUAACGCAUAGAAAUUCGUCAAGUUCACAUCAUUCGAUAUAAGUAAUCGAUCGCUGUAAACAAUAUCAUCCUUCUGCAGCUAUUUACACCUAAGAUAUAAGACUUCUCACUUUCCAUAUUAAUUUGUACUAUUUUAUAUAUUUAUCAUUUUGAUGUAACUUAUAUUCCGUAUAAUAUUAUAGUUCUAAUAGAAUAACGCAUUAUAAGUAUUGUAUAGUGUUUUUAUUUGUAUAACUUGUAUGUUUGAAAAUAAAGUGCAA